GCAACAAUGGCCGGCGCAACCCGUAACUCCAGCAUGGGCCUCAAGAGCCGUUACCUCGUCCUCUACAACGUAGUCUCUGCUUGCGCAUGGGGUGCCCUCCUCGUCCGCGUCGCUGCCCUUCUCUACCUCGGUGGAUACGAGAACGUCCACGCUCAUGUCUCUGAGUUCGCGAAGUGGACGCAGACUGGAGCCCUCUUGGAGGUUUUGCACAUCACUUUCGGCCUCGUUCGAUCCCCGUUGAUCACCACCAUUAUCCAAGUCGCGUCCCGUAUCCUCCUCGUUUGGGGAAUCGUUCAUCCCUUCCCUGAGUCCACCGCCAUCUCGCCCGCUUACUCCUCCAUGUUGAUCGCAUGGAGUGUCACCGAAGUCAUCCGUUACUCUUACUACGCCUUGAACCUCCUCGGCGGUGUCCCCAAAGCGUUGACCUGGUUGAGAUACAACACUUUCUUCAUCCUCUACCCCCUCGGCGCCGGUUCCGAGGCUUGGUUGGUUAAGCGUUCUCUCGGACAAGCUGAUGCGUGGAACCCCAUGUACGGAUACCUCCUUCGUGCUAUUCUCGUGAUCUAUGUCCCUGGAUUCUACACUAUGUUCACGCACAUGAUCGGACAGAGGAGGAAGGUUAUGAAGCAGAUGCGUGCGAAGAAGCAGUAGAAUGGAACUCGAUCAGGAAUGGGAGUGAGAGUGGGAGAGAACAAAC